AUGGUACAUACCGUGCACACCAACGGUUGGACGGAUGGCACAUUGUUGGCAUCAGGCGCGAGGGGAUGGAUACCGACAAACUACUGCCAAGCGUACGAACCGGACGAUAUGCGAAGCCUCCUCGAGGCUCUACUAGAUUUGUGGCAUUUGCUUCGAAGCACAUCGUUCAACGAUCGUGAGACAUUCAGAAACCAAGAAUUCACGAGGGGCAUAAUCGCUGGCGUCCGAUUCCUCCUGGAACGCACUGGUUGCCUCGGUAGAGAGUCAAUUAUAUUGCAACGCAGUGAUGGUCUUCGGAAGAGCCGCAAGUCACUACUUUCCGAAUUAUCCUCAUUAUUGAGAAUAGGUAAUCGACUUCAGGAAAUUCAUAAUGAUGGUUUGUACCCACCGGAUGUUGAGAAUGCUGUCGAUGAAAUGAUUCUCCGAGCUUUCAAGACCGUAACGAAAGGCGCUCGUUUUGUUGAUGUGUUGGAGGAAGAUAGGUUGGCCCGCGAAUCGGCUUCAGGGACCAUCAUAGCCCCUAUUGCAUGUGUCCGAGCAGCAGAAGAGUGUUUGGUCGAGACUAAGGCUGCUAUUGAACGAGUCGGAGAUUUCGAACUCGUGCUUGAUGGCUUUUUCUUAGUCAAUGACUUAGAUACACUACACAUUGCAGAAAGGAAGGUCACGACCGCUAUUGCGGAACGAUCAGACAUGGAUCGUGGUGCUACUGAAUCUUUCCAUGGUUGCGAGCCGUCUAUAGGAGAACCAGCACCGCCAAUACUCAACAAGAUCGAGAAGCCACUCCCGACUAUACCAUCCCGCACCGUCCCCGUCCAGGAUGGUGGUCAACAAAGCGGCUCCCCAGUUUCCUCGCAGCCUUUAUCUACAAAUAAUAAUACUGCUUCAAGUGUUGAGACUUCCGCGAUAUCCGUUACAUCAGAACUAUUACCGCAACUACCGCCCCCUAAACUCACCCCUUCUCUUAAUGCUUCCAAGAGAGACGCUGCGAAUGACUCCCUUGUUAUCGAACAAGAUCAGCUCGCUUCGCGCUUUAACAACCCGGCGUUGUGCGAUGUCAGAAGCAGUGGAACCAAUCCUACGAGCUUGAGAUCGCAAUCACAAACUUCUAGCCUCGUACCCUCCCCAGGUCAUUCAGUACCACCGGGCAACUAUCAUUCAAUGACCGAUCUAUGUGUCAGGGACAGGCGCCCGCAAACUGAUGAGCAAGACACAGCAGAAGCGAGGCUAUUGAAGAAGACUUAUACUCGUGAGCUCGUGUUUAACGACGAAGGGUUAGUGAUGGGCGGCUCGCUUUUAGCUUUGGUCGAACGCCUUACAACGCAUCGCUCCACGACCGAUGCCACAUUUGGUUUCACCUUCCUCCUCACCUUUCGGCUGUUCUGUACGCCAAUAAAGCUAGCACAGGCUCUAAUUGACCGGUUUGAUUAUACUAGCCAGUUCCCUGAUGAAGCCCGCCUAGUUAGGCUCAGAGUUUAUGAUGCCUUCAAAGACUGGCUCGAAUUCCACUGGAGGGAUCCGGGCGAUCGGCUAGCCCUGGAGCUUAUUAUACCCUUUGCUAAGUUAAAGCUCACAUCUGUCUUGCCAUCAGCCGGAGAAGGGCUGUGGGAACUCGCCAAAGGCGUCUCUGAUAGUCGCUCCUUCGUCCUCGGACAUGUGUCUUCUAUGGAGAAAUCCAACAGAGCUUCGGCCAAACACAAUCCUACGGGAACUGAAUUUCCACAGCCCAUGAUUUCAAAGAGCCAGCGACGUUUGCUCACCUCUUUUAGGUCUGGAGCUAAUGGGCCUACAAUUCUAGACUUCAACCCCCUGGAACUUGCCCGCCAGCUAACAAUCAAGCAAAUUGGCAUAUUCUCCUCCAUUAUGCCAGAUGAGUUGCUUGCAUCACAAUGGACGAAAAAUGGAGGUAUUGAUGCGCCAAAUGUCAAGGCCAUCUCAGCCUUGUCAACCGACCUCUCUAAUCUUGUUGCCGAUACCAUUCUCCACUACCCAAAGAUCAAGACCCGUGCAGCAGUCAUGAAGCAGUGGAUCAAAGUGGCUCAUCAUUGCCUAGAGCUUCAUAACUACGACGGUUUAGUAGCAAUCAUAUGCAGCUUAAGCAGUAGCUCAAUUAGCCGAUUGCGGAAGACUUGGGACGCCGUAUCAGCUAAGUGGAAGGAGAUACUUUGUCAUCUCCAAGAAAUCGUGGAACCGGCAAAUAACUAUAAGGUCUUGCGGAUUCGACUGCGUGAUCAUGUCCCUCCAUGUAUUCCUUUCCUCGGAAUGUACUUGAGCGACUUGAUCUUUGUUAACAUUGGCAACCCUGCUACCAGGCAAAUGUCCACAGGUGUGGAUUCAGACGCGAAAGGGUCUGCUGGGUUGACUGUUGUCAACUUUGACAAACAUAGACGUACUGCGAAGAUAGUCGGUGAGCUCCAACGUUUUCAGGUACCAUAUAGACUCAUGGAGAUUCACGACUUGCAGGUCUGGAUAUCUGCACAGAUUAGGCGUGUUCACGAGAGGACCCAAGAUAAUGUUCACAUCACUUACUACCGGAGGAGCCUGUUUCUUGAGCCGCGAAUCAUUGAACCUCCCUGGUAG